AUGUCGCCAUCAAGCUUUCCACCCGAAGAGCUCCGGCAGGUAGGCCAGGAAGUAGCCACGCUUCUCAGAGAGCGCAAGGAAACCAUUUCCGUAGCCGAAACAGUAGCCGGCGGCCUCAUCUCCGCGACUCUUCUCUCCUUCCCCGGCGCAUCUUCCUACUACAACGGGGGCGUGACUCUGUACACGCUGGAAUCGCGGCUCGCCUUUGGCGGGUGGACGCAAGACACGGUCAAGACAUACGCGGGACCCACGCCAGCCGUGGUAUCCGGGCUUGCCGAGCACACGCGUAGCACGCUGCGCACCACCUACACUGUUAGCGAAAGCGGGACUGCCGGGCCCACGGGCGGCACAACGAGAAACCGUACCCCGGGUUAUGUGGCCCUGGCCGUCGCACGCGAGCUAGGCCCGACCGUCACCAGAGAGGUCGACACGGGCUCGGCUGACCGUGAAUCAAACAUGGUGGCUUUUGCGGGCGCGGCACUCGCGUUGCUUAGGGAUGUCAUCAAGGGCGAUGCCGACGGUGGUGAUAACGAGGAUGGCGGUAAGCUAUGA